AUGUUUGAGCUUCUGGUAGAGCGCAUGCUCAACCAUGGUAAUGAAAUUCUGAACGAGGUUCUAUCCUUUGCGCUCGACGUGCGACGCAUGACCAGGGACGCGUACAACAAUGAAGAACAGGAUCACCAUCGUUUGGAGGAGGAUAUUGCUACCGCCGCAGCACAGCUGGAAGCACGCACGGCGGAAUUGAGAUUGGUGGAGCUGCAGCAAGAAGAGGCAUCCAGAGGAAUCAAACAGUACAGAAAGGACAUCCAGAGUCUGGAAGGUGUGAAUGCUCAGUUGCAGCUGCAGCUCACUGCUACCCAACAGAGGAGGCCAUCGCGUGUGUCCAAGCGGAACCUAUCCUUGCUGGCAUUCACCCUCAAACCCACGGCAUCGCCGUUGAGAAACCCGUUUGACAAAGAUAACAACACGACAUCACAACCUGCGCUCACUGGCGCUGCAGGACUUUGGCGAGAAAUGACUUUGGAAGAACCUCAACCAAUGCAGAUCCGCCGCGACAGGGCAAAGAACGAGCGCCUCGUCACCUUGGUCACCCCCUAG